CAGCUGGGUACUGCUUAUGGAUUUAUGCAAUCCAUCCAGAACCUUGGUCUUGCUAUUAUUGCCAUUGUUGCUGGUGUCAUCCUGGAUUCCCAUGGCUACCUAUUCCUUGAAGUCUUUUUCAGUGCUUGCAUUUGCUGUGCCAUUAUAGCAGUUGUUAUGCUGUACUUUGUGAAUCUACUUAGAGGUGGAGAUCUUAAUUUAUCUACAUGGGAGAGGGAAAAGCUGCAGAAAAAAGCUGCCAUAGAGGCUGAGGCAGCUCGACUGAGGCGGCAGAAUUCAGAAAGUAGGCUUCGUCCACUGAGUGCUUUUGCUUUGAGGGUUAGAUAUUUGUCCAGACUUGGCGCACAGCUGCCAGAUCAUUACUGCAGCCACAUGUCAUCUUUGGCCCACAGAAGUGUCCUGAAAUAA